UGCCCCGAGCGGGGCCAGACCGGCGCAUCUCUGUUCACAUGCCCCCAGCAGCAGGCGGAACCACCCAGCAGGGCACCCGGCGCAUCAGACUGCCCACACCUUCUUGAGGAGCGCCAGUUGAAGAUUCUGGAACACCAUGCGGAUGAACUUCAGCACCCGAGUCAGUCCCAGCUCAUCCUUCCCGGUUUACCACUUUGUUCUAAUAGGAGAUGGGAAUACAAGAAGUUUGAUGCCUUUGCCCUGGGCUGGGAAUACCUCACCCACGCCCAGUUCCGGAAAGGCCUCCAGCUGAGCAGACGGCCCCGAUCCCGCCAGAACGACCUUUUGCUUCCAGCCAAAGAACACCGUCAACACGCACCUCCAACCUGGACAUCCCGCGCUGGGCCGUCCCAGCCAAAGAACACCGUCAACACACACCUCCAACCGGGACAUCCCGUGCUGGGCCUCGAACGGAGGGGCCCGCAGAGUUUGGAUUCUGAGGGUAGUCGGGAGGCCUCGGUAGCCACACAACAGGAGAUCUGCCAAAGGGUGUCUGAUGUGGGGUGGGGCUGGCAUCAUCCCAGGGAGGUUCUAGGUGGGACCCCGUCUUCUGGGGGCGGGGGUGUCUUUUCAUCGUCCCUGGUUUCCUGGAGCUCACUUCCUUUGACAGCGUGUGCUGGUCCCAUCUCAGACCAGCUCACUGAGGCAGAGGAGUUGCUCAGAGGCUCGCAGGGGCACUCCCAUCAGUGCGUGUGAGCACCGCCCAGCCCCAGGCCUGCCCUCCGCCUGCUCCAGCGUGAAGGCGUUUCCAUCUGCAAGGAUGCACGGUGCCCUCCACGAGAGCAGGCCUGUCCCCUCCCCAACUGGGAAUCAGCUGGGAGCUGGGUCUCUUCGUGGCGGGCUUUGUUGGAAGUUCCCAGGAAUGUCGGAGGUUUUCCUCACCAUUCAGACGGUCGUGUGUUUAGCGAUCUUCUCUGGGGGGGAAAGGAAGAGGAGGGGCUUGUUCUCCCAUCUGUGUAUUCUUUGGGCUCCGGGAACAGGGGACUACUUUGGGGCUUUCUCCAGACUUUUGUAUGUUAUUAUUAAAAGCGAGCUAUUGCAUUUCAUUCUGCCUCAGUUUGCCCACCUGUGAAAUGGGGCUUCCACCACCUACCUCACUAAAGUCUCCAGGGUUCAGGUGUGUGACUGGGUCAGGGCACAGUCACCCAGCAUCCUGCACAGGUUGGGUCGGAUGUUAGACUCCUGGGAUGCCCACCUCCCCUCACCCUUUGUAAGAACCUAGUCUGAGACUGUGCUUGGUGGGGGAUUUGAACCUUCUCUCUCCUCUAGCAGUGUCUGCUCAGGCCUGACGGCUCAGCUCUGCACGAUUUCAUGUUCCAAACCCAUGUCUUAGGGCAGCACAGAGCCAGGUCAUGCCAUGCCCCAAAGUGUGGGGACAGAGCCUCAGGGAGCCCCGAGCGUGGCCCAGCCUUCUGGCCCAGCCCCAUUUGAGUGCUCUCAGGGGAUGCCAAAUGCUGUUUCCAAGUUUGUGUCCAUGUGGCUAAAAUCCACCUAUUUCUUCAGGAACUCUUCCCCUGGUUGUUCUGGGGAUCUUGGGAGGAACACAGCCCUGACGGCUCGUCCGUGGGAAGAUGAGGCAGUCCAGGUCGUGAGCAGCACAGCGGCCUGCUCUCUGUUCUCAGAGGUGAGGGGCGUGAGGUUCUCUACCCUAGGGCCAGCAUUUGGCCAAGCUCAGAGGCUUGCCUGGAUGGCUCGGGGUGAGCUGGGCUCCUCGUCUGUAAGGUGGCGAAAGUGCUACCCGCCUCACAGGUGACCAUGAGGACCAGUCACAGUGACGUGUGAGAAGGCCCACUGGUCACAGAAACGUGUGCAAAUCAUGCUAGCUUAGAGAUCAGUCCUCAUUGUGAACAGAGCACACGGUGGACUGUGGUUUCAUAGCCAACACAUAGCAGCUAUCAUGUGCGGCCGCUGGUCCGACCCCAUCUUACAGACGAGGAAACCAGCACAGGCACUAGGGGACUGCCCGGAACAAACAGCAGGGGCCAGCGAUGGGAGUCAAACCCAGGCAUGUGGCCCGGCCUGCACGCUGAGCCACACGGUGCUGCCCGGACAGAUGGACAGACACUUGGUGGAGGCUGCCUUUCUCAGUCCCUAAAACCCUCUGCAAAGGGUACUUGCAAUGCAGGAUUUAAACCUUGCUCAGAGCCACUUGAGAACUAGACAGUAAGGUAUUACUCCCAGGUUUGGCUUUCCAGAGUAACAAAUGACAUGUGGAAUAAAGUAACAGAGUAACAAGUGGCAGGGCCAGAACCAGGGCCCCCAGAGUCCUGGUGUUGGCACAUUUGUAUUUCUUGUAAGGCCAUCUUUAAUUUUUCUGGGAACACACCUGCCUCUUGUGUAAUGCAGGGAAGACUCAUGCAUGGUGACACCUAGGUUUCCUCAACAGAACACUUAAUCCCAAAACCCCUUUAAGACAUUAGGUUUCCUCAACAGAAAACUGUGCUUUAAUCCCAAACUCCCUUUAAGGCAUAUUGGGGCCGGGCGCCGUGGUUCACGCCUGUAAUCCCAGCACGUUGGGAGGCCAAGGCAGGUGGAUCACGAGGUCAGGAGUUCAAGACCAGCCUGGCCAAUAUGGUGAAACCCCGUCUCUAUUAAAAAUAGAAAAAUUAGCUGGACGUGGUGGGCACACGCCUGUAAUCCCAGCUACCCGGGAGGCUGAGGCAGGAGAAUCACUUGAACCCGGUAGGCGGAGGUUGCAGUGAGCCGAGCUCAUGCCAUUACACUCCAGCCUGGGAAACAACAGUGAAACUCCGUCUCAAAAAAAAAAAAAAAAAAAAAAAAAGACAUACUGGUCUUUAAUGGCAAACUCCCUUUAAGGCCUGUUGGUCUUAAAAGAGGAUUUGGGAUUGAAGCACAGUUUUCUGUUGAGGAAACCUAGGUGUCACUUUUUAGAACAUGAAGAAGAAAGUUGUGGGAUGGGCUUUUCCAUUUAAAGGAAUGUGAUGAUCCUAGGUUCUGAUGGGUGAUAGAUGGUCUCCGUUUAUACCCUUUCUUCUUUCAGCAGCUGUAAGUUCAGGUAGUGGCCAUCUCACAUUCUGAUGUCCUACUGGAAGUGCCCAGUUGCCUGCAAAGACAACUAAGGCUCAUUAUUUCAAAAGAAGAUUAUUUAAAACACGAGUGACAGGUAGUCAGAAGAGAACAAAAGGAUGCAAGAUACUCUAUAGCCAAGUCCGCUUGGAGGCAGGAUGGGUUGCUGAGUGGAGUCGCCGCUCACGUUUGGAUUCUUACGGACUGUAAGUUAGGCUUCCCCCUACAUGGAGUCAUGGGAAGGGUCUAAAGGCAUGUUCCUGAGGUGCCCUCCCUCAAAGAGUCUACCUGCACUCAAACCAGGGUCUGUUUUUGCUGUUUUAAUCAUAAAUAGACUAGUUAGUAGAAGACUUUUGAAGAACAAAGUAAAACUUUUUUUUCAUUAAAAGACGUCCCGGAGGAAAGGCCCUGUGCAGCCAGUAUAUUCUAGUGACUGCCUUGACCACGUCCUAAUAUGCUGGUUUUAAGUUGUUGGCCAAAAUCCUUUAAAGACACAUGAAACGUCUGCCAACUUUUUAGUGAACUUAACAGGUUUCACUGACGUUUUUCUCCAUUUUCAAAUUUAGGUGGGAUCUGCUUUCAUGUCCUGUUUCAAAAACCAAGUCUCUCUUGACAGCCCAUUGGUUCUUCCUGUCCUCUUGCUCUAGCCUGUAUCAAAAAGCAGAAUGACUGUACUUCUGUUUUAAAAAUAACCACCUGAUAGGACGGACACUACGAGCUCAGGAAACGCACGUGCCCUUGAGCUUGAAUGGAGGCAGCCUCUGGAGUGGCAGCCACUGCCCUUCGAGGGAGAGCAGCUCUUCAGCAGGUGGGCCCUGGGAGCCGGGUGAUGGGCACCUGCUGGGGCUGCUUUUUUCUCUUUUUCACUGGCUGCUUGAUCCCCAGUGGCAAAUGGACCCCUCAGCCCUUUCUUGGAGCCCUGGAGCACUCCUUGGGACACGGAGUGGCCUCGGGCUGGGUUCAGAGCUCCCGCAUGGGGAGUCUCAGAAGUGGAGGCAGCUGCUGAUGGGCGAGUUUACAACUUCUUAUGCCUAAGGCAAGUAGACGUUUUUAUUCCAUCUCCAGUCCUUGAGCUCAGCAGAUCAAAAUCACAGUGACCCUGCAACCCUCCAGAGCCCAGGGCAUGCUCGCUGUCUGUCUUCCCCGCCGUGCCCCUUUAGUCCCCGCUCUGUGGAAGACCAGGCAGUUUAGGUGUAAAUAGGUAUCUUUUAUGGUUUCCAAAUAAAUUAUUUGUGUAAGAGUAAUUAACUCUGUAAGAAAACUGACUCUGAAUUAUGAUUUCUACAAAAUGUAUUUUAGCAAAAACACCACCGAUGGCCUGCACUGGAUAGCUCGGUCUGCUAACUGCCAGUGGUAGUUUCAUAAGCAUUACCAACAGCUUCUUUAUUGACCAUCUUCCACGUCCAGUAGAGAUCAUUUCUAGGCGGUAUUUGUUGGUUGGCUGUUGGCUUUGCUUUAUGAUUUCUUGUUUCUUUUAAAAGUUGUUUUGCAUGUUGAAUAUUAAAUUUUUCUCUUCUGUG